AUUCAAGAAGUACCAGAGAAAUUGAUCAAGCUGGUAAAGACAGUCAUGAAUUCUUACUAUAGCCCAGAAGAAAAUAUCGUUGUUGAUCUUUUAAUUAAAAAGCCAUGUAUCAAAGAGGAUGAUAUUCGUGAAUUGCUAAAAAUGGAGCAGAAACAGUUAAGGUUGAUUUUGGCAGUUUUAAAAAGGGACAAAAUUAUUAAAAGUAAGCAAUUAAAUGAAACAGCUGAUGGCCGUACCAGCCGCUAUACAUUCCAUUACAUCAAUUUUAAAGUACUUAUCAAUGUUAUCAAGUAUAAAUUAGAUCACAUUAGGAAAAGAAUACAAAAUGAAGAAAGUUUUUCCAGAAACAGACCGUCAUUUUAUUGCCCUUUCUGUAAUAAUCGUUACGAAGAUACGGACGUUGGCCAGUUGUUAGAUCCCAUCGAACAGAAACUACUGUGCUCGUACUGUUCUACACCAGUUGAAGAAGAUACGAGCGAAAUUGAAGCUAGUAAAGUGAGAACCAGCAGCCUGGUUAGUUUUAAUGAGCAACAUCGCCCAAUUUUCGAUAUUCUAAAAUCAGCCGAUAACAUUAACCUUGCUCCGGAAAUACUUGAGCCCGAACCGUAUGUUGCCCCAACCAAUAAUCGCGAUUACCGAUCAAAUACUAGCAGAUCCUCUAAACCUAAUAUGCCAUCAAUUGACAAUAUGUAUGAACAAGUUGUAGGAGUGAAUGUUAAAGGUGAAUUAGACAACGUUAACGAUAAACCUAAAAUGGAAAAGCCAAGCUGGAUGGCCAAAAGUACUGUCAUUGAUCAACAAGACGAUGAAAACUCUACUGAUCAGCCCGAUUUCUAUAAGGCAGUCGAUUCUCAACCCACCCGUGAAACUGGCCACGAACAUGAUACGGGUAUAUUGCCAGAGUUGCUAGCCCAUGAGCUAGCGUCCAACAAUAAGCCAACAGCAAAGGAAGAUCGUUUUAAAGGUGUCGGGGUGAGCGGCGACCAAGAUGAAGAAGCUAUUGGUGGCAAUUUUGUCGAUGAUGAACCUCAUGGUGUGGAAGAAGAAAGCAAUUUUGAAAUGGUAGUCAAUGGAGAAACUUAUUCAAUAGAUGAUAUUGAUCAAAAAAUCAUCGAUCAGAUGACUAGUGAUGAAUAUGAAAAAUAUGUAGCAUUGUGCCAAGAUGCCUAUAAUCAGUACUACUAA